AUGCCAUACCCUGAUGAAGCUGUGGGAUUCAUGGCCGAUGGGCCUGAAUCCUUUGGCACGUUCACCAAGCGUGCUUACAAAUUGAAGCCUUUUGAGGAAUUUGAUAUCGACGUCAAGGUCGAAGCAUGCGGGAUCUGUGGAAGUGAUGUCCACACCGUUAGCGGUGGCUGGGGCGAGCAGCUCUUUCCUCUCUGCUGCGGCCACGAGAUCGUCGGAACUGCCGUACGCGUGGGCCCUAAGGUCACCACCAUCAAAGAAGGCCAGCGCGUCGGCAUCGGGGCUCAAGCCUACUCCUGCGGCGAAUGCAAGCAAUGCCGCAACGGUAACGAGAACUACUGUCCGGUGAACUCGAUCAACACGUACGGCUCCAAGUGGCCCGACACCGGGAUCGUGAGCCAGGGCGGAUACGGUUCGCACGUGCGGGCGCACGAGCACUGGGUGUUCCCGAUACCCGAAGCUCUCGAGACCACAAACGUCGCGCCCAUGCUGUGCGCCGGUCUGACGGCGUUCUCCCGCUGGUACGCCACGGUGCCGGGCCGGGGAAGAAGGUUGGCCCUGGGUGCCGAGACAUGGGCAAUUUCUCGCUCGCGUGCUAAGGAAGCGGAUGCGAAGAAGUUGGGCGCGGAUGGUUAUAUCGCUACCGCGGAAGAGGGGUGGGAGAAGCCUCAUCUGACAUCGUUCGAUUUGAUUGUUAACUGUGCCAACUCAUCCAAAGGCUUUGAUCUGCCUCGCUAUCUGUCCAUGAUGGAUGUUCAUGGUCGCUGGAUCAGUGUGGGUCUGCCUGAAGAGGAGGGCCAGGUUAUCAAGGCUCAGAACUUGAUCUCGAACGGUGUGCUCAUUGGUGCCACCCAUAUCGGCAACCGUCAAGAGAUGCUUGCUAUGCUGAAGCUGGCUGCUGAGAAGGGUCUCCGGAGCUAUGUUGAGGAGAUCCAGAUCGGAGAGGAGGGGCUUAAGCAGGCUAUGCAGCGGAUGAAGAAGGGUGAUGUUCGCUACCGGUUCAUUUUGACCGGCUAUGACAAGCAUUUUGCUCGAGAUUUGAAGAUUUGA